AUCGACAUUUGAAAGAACGAGCCCACUAGAGCGACCAGACGGUUCGCGCUGGACGGAAGGAAAAAGAGAGAAAGAGAGCGGUUCCGAAUAGCAGUAUAGUCCGAUCUCGACGCGCACAUAUGCCUGAGAGGUAAUUGAAAGUGGCUUAAAAAAGUCUGUGUAAUAAAAAAGAGGAAAAGUCCCAUUUCCAAGGCAAACUUGUGUGUAAUCGUCGUGUUUUUCGUGCGUGCGUGCGUAGCGAAACUGGUGUCCAAACACGGGAACGGGAAAGUGAACCAGAGCGUGUGUGUGUGUGUGUGGAAAACACGUCCGGCUGCGCAUACACCUUUGUCGUUGCGUCCUGGAAGCAAGGGCGAAACCCCGUUGCGCGACCAUUAUUCAUCAGUCGUUCACGCAUCCGACGGAUUGAUAAGGGUGCCUCAGAAGCUCAUCCCUUGAGGUACGACACGGUGUUCUCGUGUGGUUGUGAAAUUAAUGCAGUUUGAAGAAGAGCAAAAAAACAGCAACCGAUCUUACUGAACGCGUAUCAAAAUUGUGAUCUCAAAAUUCAUUCCAGAAUCCUGCACCUAUCGAAGCAUAAGUCAUCAUCGGCGCGUUAUCAUCCGCAAACACACAGCAAAUCGGGUUGUGAAAAGAGCGGCUGGGCGACGGUUGCGGCCCCCCGAAAGUGGAAAGUCGUUUGCAGCACACACAAACACUCGUCCGGUUCGUGGAGAAGAAUACCACCGUGGUUUACAUACAACGGUGCGCCGCGGUGUCGUCAUCCUCGUCAAGUCUCGAGAAAAAGUUGUGGUGGACAGACGGAGAGACCGUCACACAUAGAGACACGCGUGGCUCUGUGAUCACGAUUUUGUCGUGUUUUUCCAGCCUACUCCGUCGAUCGCUUUGCGCAGUGCUGCAGAAAACAAACUUCACCGUCACGAGUGGAAGUUUGCUAUCGUACGGGCAAAUAACCAUUGUCCUAGUUCCUGUCCACGGAACUCCGGAGCAUUUAGAAUAAAAUUGUAACCCUCCCAACGUGUUUGUGUGUGUGCGUGCGUGUGUCUGUUAAAUAAUCUCCCACGGAAUCGUAGGGUUGUGGCAAAAAGUAAAUCGAAUAAUCGGCAUUGAAGAUAGUGAUGAAGUGAUACGGCAAGGGUGUGUAGUGUAUGCAGCGCUAGAAGUUUAGCCAGUGCGCGCGCGGGGUUUAAUAAUUGACUGGCGUGAAGAGCAGUGCGCUUGAGUGUGUGUGGGUGUGCGAGGGCGCGAGUGCGUACGCGUGUGUGUGUGUGUUUAAGUCGGGUGCGCGCUGUUGUGUGUGUUCGCAUCCGCUCGGCGGAUAUAGUACACAGGUCACUGCUGCAUCCAAGUGGAGGGCUGGCAAGUGCACCCGAAACCCCUCGUAGUGAUACCGAGAGUUUAUGCUUGGCAAUAUAGGAAAACCGACGAUCACUAGAUUAGCGCCAUUACGCGCAUUGGAGGGUGAGCUCCCCUUUUUGCUAUAAAACACAUACACACGGUCACACGCUAGCUGAGCGGGUGUGUACAGUGCGUGUGUCGUGUUUUUUUCUUACUCAUUCCAUCUCGCUCGUGAAAAGUGAAGUUUCGUGUAGGAAAUUGAGAGAAACAACGGUUUAAUUGAUCCGCACCGAAGGGAAAAAACGGCCCCUACCCUCCCCACUGUUCUGACGAACGUGAUCAGCUCGUUUGGCUUCCUAAGCCUGUGUGUGAGUGCGUGCGUGCUUAAGUUGAUCAUCAUCAUCAUAGUAGUCGUCGACGUCGUCGUUAGCCCCCAGUUACCCUGGAGAGCAUCGUAGUCAGCCGGAGCCAAAGCAAACAUCAUCUAAGCAAGGUGAAAGAGGGUGAUUAAGCGUAAGCGAGAGAGAGACAGAAAAAAGGGCGAGUGAAAAGUGAGAGAAAGAUACUGUGCAGGAAAGAACGAGCCAGGUAGAUUGUUUAAGCACAGUGACGGCAAACGAGCGUGCGAAUAUCGAUCGACACACAUCACUCGAAUAAAGGUAUACAAUGAAUGAAAUAGAAGCCCUGCGCCAGGAGGCGGAAUCGCUGAGGAAUGCGAUACGGGACGCGCGGAAAGCGUUCUGCGAUACGUCGAUCCUGCAGGCCACCGCACAGCUGGAAGCGGUUGGAAGAAUUCAGCUACGUACGAGGCGCACCCUCCGGGGCCAUCUAGCGAAAAUCUACGCCAUGCACUGGGGCAAUGAUUCACGGUAUCUAGUAUCGGCCUCCCAGGACGGUAAGCUGAUCGUGUGGGAUUCGCACACCACCAACAAGGUGCACGCGAUCCCGCUCCGUUCGUCCUGGGUGAUGACGUGCGCGUAUGCACCGUCGGGCAAUUAUGUAGCUUGCGGCGGUCUGGACAACAUCUGCUCGAUCUACAAUCUAAAGACUCGCGAAGGAAACGUCCGCAUUGCACGGGAACUGGGUGGACAUACGGGUUAUCUGUCGUGCUGUCGCUUCCUGGACGAUAACCAGAUCGUGACCAGCUCGGGCGACAUGUCAUGUGCACUGUGGGACAUCGAGACCGGUCAGCAGUCGACAUCAUUCCAGGGUCAUACGGGCGAUGUGAUGGCACUGUCAUUGGCACCGCAGGGUAAAACGUUCGUGUCCGGUGCGUGCGAUGCGAAGGCAAAGCUGUGGGAUAUCCGCGAGGGCCAGUGCAAGCAAACAUUCCCGGGACAUGAGAGUGAUAUCAAUGCGGUGGCCUUCUUCCCGAAUGGAUUUGCCUUUGCGACGGGUUCGGACGAUGCGACCUGCCGGCUGUUCGACAUCCGGGCCGACCAGGAGCUGGCGAUGUACUCGCACGACAACAUCAUCUGCGGCAUCACGUCCGUGGCGUUCUCGAAGUCGGGCCGCUUGCUGUUGGCCGGCUACGAUGACUUCAACUGCAACGUUUGGGACACGAUGAAGGCGGAACGGGCAGGUAUAUUGGCCGGACACGACAACCGAGUGUCCUGCUUAGGCGUGACAGAGAACGGUAUGGCCGUGGCGACCGGCUCCUGGGACUCGUUCCUACGCGUGUGGAACCAACGCAGGCUAGAGAACGAACCAUAUCCAGACGACAGUGGUAGCAGUAGCAGUAACAGCGACAAGGGAAGUCAAACAUCCGCCAGCAAAGUCUCAACCAUGAACGAAUUGGAAGCGCUUCGACAGGAGGCGGAAACGCUGAAGAAUGCGAUCCGGGAUGCGCGGAAGGCGGCCUGCGAUACGUCGCUCGUCCAGGCGACAAACAAUCUCGAGCCGAUCGGCCGGAUACAGAUGCGCACGAGACGCACCCUUCGGGGCCAUCUGGCGAAAAUCUACGCCAUGCACUGGGGCAGCGACUCGCGGAACCUGGUGUCGGCGUCGCAGGAUGGCAAGCUGAUCGUGUGGGACUCGCACACCACCAACAAGGUGCACGCGAUCCCGCUCCGUUCGUCCUGGGUGAUGACGUGCGCGUAUGCGCCCUCGGGUAACUUUGUCGCCUGCGGCGGUCUGGACAACAUCUGCUCGAUCUACAAUCUGAAGACACGCGAGGGCAAUGUGCGUGUGUCGCGCGAGCUUCCGGGACACACGGGCUAUCUGUCGUGCUGUCGCUUCCUGGACGACAACCAGAUCGUGACCAGCUCGGGCGACAUGUCCUGCGGGCUGUGGGACAUCGAGACGGGCCAGCAGUGUACCUCGUUCCUCGGACACACUGGGGACGUGAUGGCACUGUCACUGUCACCGCAGUGCCGGGUGUUUGUGUCCGGUGCGUGUGACGCAUCGGCGAAGCUGUGGGACAUUCGGGAGGGUCAGUGCAAACAGACGUUCCCAGGGCACGAGAGCGACAUCAACGCGGUCACCUUCUUCCCGAACGGACACGCCUUUGCGACGGGUUCGGACGAUGCGACCUGCCGGCUGUUCGACAUCCGGGCCGACCAGGAGCUGGCGAUGUACUCGCACGACAACAUCAUCUGCGGCAUCACGUCCGUGGCGUUCUCGAAGUCGGGCCGCUUGCUGUUGGCAGGCUACGAUGACUUCAACUGCAACGUGUGGGACACGCUGAAGGCGGAACGGGCAGGUAUACUGGCCGGACACGACAACCGGGUGUCCUGCUUAGGCGUGACAGAGAACGGCAUGGCCGUGGCAACCGGCUCCUGGGACUCGUUCCUACGCGUAUGGAACUAAGCUGCGUUUGGCCACCUAACUUCUCCAGCCGGCCAUUCGACAUCGAAAAGGGCAGCAGCCAUCUGCUGGGUAGUAGUAGUGCGUUGAGUAGUAGACCGUGUUUUCCGCACAGUCAGCCACACAUACACACCGGACCAGAGCUCACCAAGAAUGCGGUGUUACCAAAUACUAUACUCUCCAAUGGAAAGUACCCGCCUCCAACUCUGUUGCUAACGAUGGGUUAUUGUUUUCCGCUAGCAAAUGAUUCAGUGCAAGCCAAUACAUAGUAGGUAGAUGCUACUAUUUUUUUUUUACAAUUCUACCGGUAAUUGUCCUUCGUUUUGAUAUAUGUGCAACUUCUGGAACAAAACGAAAUGUCCACAGAAACAAAACAGUAAAUAUUCUGCCCGUGAAGCCGCAUUCCAUUGGGCUCCACUAUUUUCUCUCACACUCUCUGUCUCUCUCUUGAUUGUAGCCCUAUAGCUGAGUGCAUUCCGGAAUGCUGGGAGUACGUGUAGCAAAAAAAAAAUGGUACGAAGGGGCAAAGCUUGCAGCCCUCUCUGGUAGGCGCUGUGCUAGUACAGCAAAGUUGUCAUACAUUGCAUAUGACAGUAGGACAGUGCUUCCAAUGGUAACACAUGCGUGUCAUUACUACUAUGCAGUGACACACUGUGACGGCCAUUUAUUGGGACAGCUUAGGAAGAAUAGUUGUUUUUUUGUUGCAUUCAACUUUCGUUACAUCAUUCAAGCGAGAACAGUUGGUCGAUGCGUUGUUUUCACUUGUUUUGCGCCAAGAGGCGAAUAUUUCGUGUAAAAAAAAAUCCAACACAAUAAUCCCCAUCCUUUUUCUUCCCUUUCCCAUAAUAGCUGGCAUAAGGCAUGAGAAUUGGUAUAUCAAAAACAAGGUACAAAAGUAAGCUCUAUUGUUUCAGCAUUGGUAUCGAAACGAAAACAAAAUCAUCUCAAAAUUCAAACAAAAAAAAAACAAAUCUAAUGGAUAUAAUCUUCCAGUUAUAGGUUCAAAAACAACAACAAAAAAUCGUAUCGUACUUAAGUUAAGAUUUGUGUUAGCUAAAGCGAAUAGACCAACUAUAUCCCUGUUUUUUUAAAACAUUUUUCUACGAGCAAAAGAGGUAGUGUUUGCUCAUGACUGGAAGUGACCGGUUUCUAUACAUUGUUUUUUUUAUUUAUUGCAAUUUUAUACAAAUACAAAUACAAACAAACACAACGACCAAAACCAACCAAGUACACAACACCCACCCUGAACAAUCAAACGACCAACAACAACCAAAAAAACUCGGAUACUAACAAACAACACAAAUACACUAAGUACAGUCAUACAGGCUUGCAUGCAAUCAUACAACAGUAAAGUGAAAGGAUAACCGUUGCAAUCGCAGAGCACAAGGGUUAAACUCAUUGGGUGGAUCAUAUAUUUGCAGAGGGACAGUUAUUUUUUCCUCCGGAGAAACCAUUCUUUUACCCGAAGGAGAACAAAACAGUAUAACAAAAAGAUCAUGGCCACACUUGGUCUCACCGCGGUACAUUACUUUCCGGAGUCACACUUUUUCGUACGUACCGGUUACGUUUUAUCCCUCGCACCAGUCUGACGGGGAGUUGCUUCUUCCUCGCGGGCAUGUUGGGCAUGUUCGUUUGCGAAUGCCGUCUCACUUUUGCCCUUCGACACGCACAUGCGUACAGAAGGUGCGAAACAUUUGCGUGCACGUAUUCAUGGUUCGUUUGUUUGUUUCUUUUUUUCUUUUUCAAUUUUGUUCCAUGCGCCUUAUGUUAAAAGAAAGUCUUUCUUCGCUGCGUGUGUUUCAAGCGCUUUUUUUUGGUUGUUAGCACGCAUUUUUGGCCAGCUUGUGACACAUUCCAAUUUGGAGUACAAUGGUCUGAGUGAACGCUGGAAUGCAACGUUCAUUGGACGUCAAUUGGCUUAAGUUCGCUUACUGCCACCGCGUACUGGAGCGAGGGAGUUGUCUUAUGUGUGUGAUAUUAUUUAAAGGGUAUUUAAGUUUUUCACUUAUGCCUGCAAAAAUGCAUUUCGUUUCUACACCUGUCAUGCCGAAAGCAAACGAACACCUUUCGAUUCGGUGGCAGUGGUUGUACUACCUCAACUGAAGGUGUUUGUAUUUCUGUUGUAACGUACAUUGUGCAAAUGCUUACUAAUGUGUUCCCCUCUCGAUUAUGACCAUUUAUAUUUAUGUUUGAUACAUUUACACACAAACACACAUUCACACUAUACACUUGUGGACACAUUCACUGCUAGUAAUAGGAAGAUAAAAUUGCAAAUAAAUAACCACAUGGGUACCGACUGUCUCCAGAUGAAACAGAGAUGCAGUACACGGUGUCAGAUGCUAGCUAUUCACGUCCGGUGCUAUGAAGGUAUGCACCUCAACACGAUCGAUUUGGCUCUGUAUCCCAAUCGUGAAAAUGAUGCACUUUUUUCCCGAUGAACCAUCUCUGGCACAAGUCUGUACUUCACGCACAAAAAAACAACAACAACUGGGGGACAGACUUGCUGCCCUCCCAAUAUCACUUUCCUUGGGAUAUUUCGAUUUGAUUGAGGUAUUUCGCCUUCGUGGCAGUUUACAAUGAACGUUAGUCAUUAGGGCGGAAAGCAUUACUAUCCCGCUCCCGUCCCCCUCCCUCAUUAAGUAAUGCUUCCAACAGGGAAAAUAGAAAACUAAACAAGGGGCUCCAGGUAUAGUUUUUUGUUUGAUUGAUGCAGUAGUUCGAAAGGAAAGAAGGAAGGUAUUCAGUUUAGCUAGCAUCUUUGCAAAUCUAGAACGUGGUGUGAAGUGGUAAUAAAGGAGGAAAAAAAACAGCAGAAGGAGACAGCCAGUGGACCAGCCGUAACUGUAACUGUAUUGAUGUGUACGUUCAUUUUUGGUUCCGCUACAUACUAAGAGCAAAUGCAGGGAAAGAUAGAGGAAAUCCAGUAAAUGCUAAAUUCGAUACUAAACAAUUGCAAAACCACUACUACGUGUAAGUGUAGGGUACACCCACAGGAAGCAUGUGGAAGGAAAGGGUGCAAAUAACCUUCGAAAUCAAUAUGCUAAUGCAAACACAUAUACGCAACAAACCCGAUAUAGAGUGUAUAGGAACCGAAAACCAAAUCUCGAAGCCGUACAAUUAUGCCAUUGAUAGAUUAUAUGUGUAUAAUAGUUUAUUUAUUAUCGUUUUUUUCUUCACUUAUUAUAUUCCUUGUUAUUUGCAUACACCUACAUGUAUGCAUUGGUAUUACGGUGUACUAUUGUAUUGUAAUUUUUAGUAUAACACUUUUUAGUACAAUGUUUUAGUACUGUAAGAUUGUGUUUUUUAUAUAUCAAAGAUCGUUUUUUUUCGGCUAAUUGCCACCAUUUGUUGUAGUAUUGCUAAUAAUCGAUUCAGUAUUCAUUUUUACGCACAAAAACUAACCGCUCAUAUCCUUCAAACAAUCGGCCAACCGUUGAAGGUUACGUUUAUGUUUCGGUACGUUGAGUUAAAUUGAUUCUUUUUCCUUUCCGGCUGUGAAUACUGUUGUAGUAUGAGCUUUCAUACGAAACAAAAGCAUACGGGGGUUGGUGCAGUGCAAGCGCAAAACCUAAACCUAAAUGUGUUUUUUGGGAUGUUUUGGGAAAAACAAAGCGAAACAAAACAAAGCAAAAUCCGUACCUCUCGCCUUCCGUAUAACGUAUAACUAAAGGAACCAUUUUAUUUUUAGAACAGUUUUCUUUCGUGUCUAUCCUAAGUACGCGACGUAUGUGAUACAGGACAACGGGAUAUGGCCGCUUGUCAUAAGGCUCAGGUGACAUGCGGUGGACACCUGUUUCCGCACGUAACAUCCUUGCCUCCAGUGAACUGCCGUCACGCUUUUAUCGCUUGAACAUAUUUCUAAAGGGGCUCAUUUUCAAUCGAUAAAAAGCACAACGGCAAAAGUAGUAUCAGCUCAGUAUCGGGACAUGGGAAACAAACCAAAGGGAUGGUAAACCUGUCCAGCAAUCCAGUGAGUAAAUCGAGCGGCUCACUUAAUUUAUGUCACUCGAUUGCUGCACACGAACGUAACGCACAGAACAAGGCCAAUAGUUUUAGGGGCUCCUCUAUAAAUGGCCUACUACUGUUCGCUUUACUGCAGGCAAGGAAGUGUUUCGUAGUAUCUAGCAUACCGACCGCGGUCAAGUUAGUCGUACAGUUUCGAUUCGUUUCGUCUUGAUGUGCUUCUAGUUUGUUAUACAAAUGCUGCAGCGCACCAAACAACAGCAAAAAAAAACCAUGUCAGAAGGCGCAACAAAAAUACCUCUUACUAAGCGAAGAAAUGUCGAGUUGAUAUUUGUUCAUUCAUGUGAUUGAAAUAUAUGGUUUUCCGGUUUUUGUGUGAAACAUUGAAAAAAAAAACAUGUAAACGUACCAAAACAAACAACAAAGUUCAUGAAACAAGGAAGAAGAGAAAAAAAACACAUUCGCUAAAACAAUCUAAAACUUGUGAGCACGGAAGCGAUCCUUGAUUCUGUCAUUAUCAAGGCUGUGGAAAAUGCAUUCAAAAAUGGACAUCUAAAAAUCCUACACACAGACAUUAUCCAGCAGAAGUGGAACAAUACAAAACAUUUGGGGCGUGUAGAAUAAAAAAAAACUCCAAUGACACAUUAUUCUACGGUACCACGUGUUGCACACAUCCCACAUUCAUCAAACAUUUGACACCGAAAUUUAAGCUCCCCAUAAACUCACUCUCAUCUUUUGCAAAGUAAAACUUCUAACCCAAAAAAUCGCUCCCAUAAAAAACAAACAAACAAACGCCAUACACUGCCUAAUUUCACAUAGUCUCAAUGUAAUAAUGCAAGUUAAAAGAAAAUAUCAUGCGAAUAAUAAACUACAGCAGGUAACAGAAAAAUCACGAUCAAUGGAUCGCCACUAAUCGCUGCUAAUGGGUGUAUAAAAAUGGUACGUACUACUACAAUACAAACGGAGUAAAAGUGUGUAAAGUUAUGAAAAACAAUACUUGUUUUGUUGUCUACAACAGCAUUAGACCUAUGUGCUUAAAGCGGCCAGAAUCGCACAACAAAAAGAGUAACAAGCAAUCGUGUGCACCGAGAACAGCUAAAUGCAAAGAAGCGAAAUGCAAAUGUAAACCGCACAAGAAAGAGAGAUACUAAGAAAAACGCACAAAAAGAAGCACAAAAAACAGGUGCAAAGAGGAUCAGCUGAUGAAGCGUAACGCACUACAGACAUGGCGGCAGGACACACUUGUACACUCAGCCCCAUGAAGCUUUCGGUUUGUUUGUGCUUAAUUUUCCUAUUUCGAUUCCCUCGUGUAAGUGGUAAACGGUAAACCAUGAACAAUCUUAGUAGCCGAGAUGUGUUUAGUACGUAGUACAUAGUCAAACAUGAGAUGUGGCCAUUGUUUAAACUUAAGUUAGCUGUGUUAAGGUGGGGGGUUGAUCGGCGGUGUUGCAACGUCACGGUCGAGCUGUUGAUCCACUUGAUGGAUUGUUUUACGCUCGAUUAGCGUCCUGGAACCCUCUCCGUUCGUAUUCGUACCUUCGCAGCCUAUCGCGCCCAUGAAUGUAUCGUUCCGAGCGAAUGUUCCGAGUACGGAGAGGCUUCCGGUCGCUGUACCGAGCGUAUGUGGGUUCGUUUUUUUUUCAUUCAGCAUCCUGUCGGAUGAUGGCUCCGUUUGGUGGCCAGACCCAUGACACCGGUCCUGCUAUCCCGAGCGAUGAUGAUGCAUCUAGGGGCUUAUGCCGGUCUUUGCGGGGGAUUGACUCGAGCACGGUUGGGUUCUAUGAUGACCGUGUCGAGUAGCUUCCGGAGAGAUUGGUUUUUAGUAUGCACCGAGCUCGUGGCUAGUUGGGACCCGUCAUGAAUGCGUCCACCAUUCGACAUCCGGAGGAUGCGUACCCCAACGAAAGAAUCUAUCGACAUGGACAGCUCGGUGUUGAUGGUGCACAGAAGAAAAUGGAACCAAUUGAGAGAAUAGAAAAAAAACAAGGCGAGAAACACUAAUCAAACUACCGAUUACCGGAAACAGGCAACCGGAAUUGCUAGCAAAGCACACAAGAACGCACUGCCCAUACAUUCUUCAUUUCCUUCGUCUGCGGGAAGUUCCUUCACUCUCCCCAGUGUUUGGGGUUGAAUUUGUGGGCAACGAAGGAGUGAACUUCGUUUUAGUAAAUAAUUCAUUUUGUUUACUUUUUUGCCGUUGCUUCUGCGAUGCCCCAUCCCCAUUGGCUAUUGGAACCAUAUCGAAAAAAAGAGAAACCUCUCCACAGAUUCACGUACAAGCCAAAGAGGUACGUCGCAGUGUGAAAAAGUAAUUUCAAUUUUAUGCUUUUAAAAGAAGAAGUAUAGAACAGGAACACCUCCGAGCGAAAUAGUGAAGAGAAACACAUCAGAAAGAUCAGUAAAGAUGGCAAACAAUAGCAAAUGAUGAAACAAAACGAAACAUCAAACAUUAAAUGCUGUAACGAUCAAGAUCAACCCCCGAAAGAACAAAACAAAACGGAAACAAAUAAACACAUAAAGUGCGUUAGGAUAAAAUCAAACAAAACUAUAGCAAAGAAUCAGAUGCAGAAGAUAAGCGAAAGCUAGGGAACAUGAUUGAAUUGUGCAAAGGGUAGCAUGAUUUAGUGUUAGAUCAGCAAUCGUAUAGCAGAAUGAAGAGGAGGAUCCUCCUGCUGACUAGCUGUUUGGAGCAAAACGUGCGAAUGCUGCAGACGAGAAAAAAAAUGAAUAAAUAAACCCGGCACACGUCCGGGUGUGGCGGACAAGGAAGGAAGGAACUAAAUUUAAUUCUAAUGUAAUUCUUAGGGGCUUUUGAACUAGCGUGUGUAAUAUGGUGACGCUAUUUGUACAAUUUAUGUUACACAAUCAUUCAAUACGAAUUGCGACGAGGCUUGAAGAUCACGAAGCAAUGCGAUGUUCUGCAAACUCAUGGGAAUAAAAGCGUUACAACGCGUAACGCUGGCAUUUAGACACAGGGUAACGUGCCAUUUGGAAAACCUGUGCAGGCUAUGAAGGAACUAUUCUUCUUUCUUUUGCACGAACGAAGGAUGCAAUAACAUGCAAAUUAGAUGGUUUAAACUCGCCCAAGUGAGAUCAUGGACGAGGUAUCAGGUUUUAGGUAUGUUUGUUACUACUAUCCUUGAUAGAAUGUACUAUUAACGCCAUUGGAAUCAUUUUGAUUGAAAAAAUAGUAUUUUUUAAGUAAAUUUCUAUACAACAGUUUAUUACAGACCAAUGUUUUCGUUUUACAAUUGGUUUACAGUUUCAUACAUCCACGAUCGGAGAAAUAGAAUCGAGAGGAAAAGUUUAAAAAAAACGAGCAUCCUAUCAGUUCAGUGACAUCGCAUAGACCAAUAUGUAACGAGCACAAGACAUCCAAUGCACAAACUCCGAAUUAAAGAAAUGCUUGCUUAAUACAAAAGUUGAAAGAAAGGAAAAGAAAAAACAGGAACUCGUAUGUGAACGAACAAAAAGAAAACCUAAAGGCAUCGAGCUACGACACAACUUCACUUCGCUAGAAACAGAAAAAAUGGAAUGAACGAGAGUAAGAAAACCAAAACCACUACAUCAUAUAUAUAUACAUAUAUAUGAAAGGAAGAAAGAUAAUGAAAAUAAAGUAAAACAAAAAAAAACAUAGAAAGAAACAUGUUCAAUAACAACUAGACGUACGUAGGAGAUCGACCGAUAGACGAGUAACGGUGGAAAAGUGUGGUGGAAGAAAUACAAAGAAAAUUAAGAGAUAAGAAGCUAAGGGAGAAGAAAAUCACCAUUUUUACACAUUUUGAGAUAUCGAAAAUAUUACACCGCGACCGUAAAAGAAAGAGGAGGGCGCGAAAUAAAGCGAAACGGUCGAAACCGUAUCGGAAGACGCGAAAAGAGUAGCUGCAAAAAAAAACAAAACCAUCACACAAACACACAAGAAAAACCAAACAAAACGACAGUAAAAGUGCGCUGAAUCGAGAGAAGUAAACAAAAUAUAGUCUUUAAGAAAGUGAAUGAAGGAAAUAAAAAUAAAAA